GAUACCGACAGUCUGAACGCAGCCACUCCGCAGCAACACUUCCCACGGUCUCCCGUCCGAAAGGUUUUUACCGAUUCGCCGUGGUGCCAGUCGGACCUGUAUGGCCCCAUUGACCGCCAUGUCCGCUCUGAGCGCUGCUUUGAAGACUGAAGAGCUCCCUCCCCGCUCGGUUCUCGUCAGCAGCAGAGGCGACAUGCAGACCAGCCUGAGUCCCGCCGAGGACAAGCCCAAAGUGGCCAUCCUGCCGUUCAGCGUGGAGGCGCUCAUGGCUGACAGGAAGCCCAGCAGAGAGCUGCCGUCCCCGGACGCCGCGGCCGGGACGUCCCGCUCACGGGCCGCCUCCUUCGGCGGCCUGGACGCCGCGGUGCCCGCUCUGCCCAUGAGCUCUUCCUUCUCCAUGGGCGAGAUCAUGAACAUGUCCGAGGACGUGCUGAUUAAACCCGAGAGCCCGGAUAGUAAAGAGAGGACUUCAUGGAUACAGAGUCCACGUUUUUCUCCCACACCUCCAAGACGGUUGAGUCCUCCUGCCUGUCCUCUACGGAAACACAAGACGAACCGCAAGCCCCGGACCCCGUUCACCACGUCCCAGCUGCUGGCCCUGGAGAGGAAGUUCCGCCAGAAGCAGUACCUCUCCAUCGCCGAGCGCGCAGAGUUCUCCAGCUCCCUCAACCUGACGGAGACGCAGGUCAAAAUCUGGUUUCAGAACAGGCGAGCCAAAGCCAAGCGUCUGCAGGAGGCAGAGCUCGAGAAACUGAAAAUGGCAGCGAAGCCGAUGCUGCCUCCAGCUUUCGGGAUUUCCUUCCCCCUCGGCGCGCACGUCCCCGCGUCCUACGCCGGCUCGCACCCGUUCCAGAGACACUCGCUGCCGGUGUCUCCCGUGGGACUAUACGCCGCUCACGUCGGAUACAGUAUGUACCACCUGGCUUGACGAGGGACAAAAAGGGGGUUCUAAAGGACUACUUUGUGAGGGGCCCCAAAGAGAGAAGGUGCCUUAGUUAGAGGCCAGUGAAGUGACACUGUAUUCACAAAGACGCAUCCUUGGACGCAUCCAUGUCACAUCUGGUCUGGGGUGGGGUUGGUUCCUAAUGGACAGUCUCUGAGGACCUUGAAGUUUACCCACUUCUCUUGACCUUUGCCAGUAAGUCCACACUGCAAAAAAAUAAUGCAACGUCAUUUUAAUUUGCAGUCUUAAUUAUGGAAUGUAAAAAAAAAAGUCUUAUUUUAGAGAAACAAGACGAGUAGGGCUCAGUGGCGUGGACACUUUUGCAGUGUAAAGGUGGAAAAACAACCUCUGAAAUGACAUGAAUGGAGAGUCCAGAAUGAACAGUGAGCAGUGUGAGCUGCGGCCAGGUGAAAGGCGGCUCCAGCUCCACAGCGUGUCAUUUGGCGUCAACACAUUAAAGCCUAAAUGAUGGUUCUGCGUUAUAUCGACGCAGAGCCUACGCCGUAAGGUACGCGGCGACGCACACCGUACGGCGUAGGCUCUGCGUCGAUGUAACGCUGAACCAUAAAUCCGCCUUAAGGGCUGGCUUUUAAACGGCCUCCGUGGGCCGCUGCCACACGACCAAGUCCCUACUUCUCACUGUUUUGCAUUCAUAUCAAUGCGCAACAAUAGUGGGGUUUUUUUUUAAUGAGUGUAAAUGAGUGCUCUUAUUUUCAGAACCACAACGUUUGUUUUUAUAACAGCACUGUCUGCUGUCGGGUUGAUUCCCUUCGGAAGGGAAAGUUGUACUGUAAAAUAAUGUAUAUUUGAAGAAUAUCCUCAUUUAUAUUAUGAAUAUAUUUGUGACAUAACUUAACAAUAAAUUGUUUAUUCUUUUCCAAGAAGAA